AUGACGGCCCCUUCAGAUGUGCGGUUCAAACAGCGUGCUGUUAUUGAAUUUCUCGUUGCAGAAAAUGUGAAGCCAGUCGAUAUUCAUAGACGCCUGCUUGUGGUUUAUGGAAAUCAAACUCUCGAUGUAAGUUCUGUUCGUCGUUGGGCAUUACGGGUUAAAGGUUCUGAAGUCGGAAAAGCAAUUAUUGCCGAUCAGGAUCGAAGUGGACGGCUGGUGACGGUUACUGACGAGGCCCAUAAACAAAAAGUCGAUGAUUUGGUCAAGGGAAAACGGAGGAUUAAACAAUCAGAAAUAGCAAUAGCGUUGGGAAUAUUCUCUGUGAACUUGAAUAUCGAAAAAUAUGCGCAAGGUGGGUGCCCAAAAUGCUGA